AUGCUGCGCUUCGCGGCGGGUCUAACGACACGCACCCUUGGCCUGCCGGUCACGUACGACGAGGAGAAGGAGCGGCACGCAGUCAUGCUCGUGUCGAACCAAUCGCGAGUCCUGCUCAAGCCUAGCAACCUGGAGCCAUGGCUCGUCGAGUAUCCGCGGAUCCGACAGCGGCAGCUCGCGUCCGGAGACUACCUCGACGUCUCCGCCCUCAAGAGGGAGGCGGAGGCGCGGCUAUCGCUGCCGCUGCCGCCGCCGGUGGCGGAGGCGCUGCGCGGACUGCAGCGCGUGCUCAGCGCGGUCAACAGCGUCGUCACGUUGGCGCUCGCCACCCACAACCUGCUCACCCUGCCGCUGCUGGACGAGCUGAUCCGCCUCAACCGCGACUUCGCUGCCGUCGCCUCCUUCGACGAGCUCCUUCUCGGCCCGCUCCACCGAAACCCCCAUGUCCAGCGCGGCGCACAGCGGCUCUCCGACGCGACCGAGGCUGCGGGCUUUGGGCGGCUGAGACAGCCGCCGCCUCCCAUCGGCGUCGACGCGAUCAUGGAGGCGCUGAGCAGGGCCGCGCGCGCCGCUUUCAAGUCGCGCGCCGUCGAGGAGCGCGUCGACUUUCGGGCCGCGCGGGGCGCGCUGGGGGGCGGACUGCCUCUCGGUGUGCCGCCGCGCGACGACGACGACGAGGAGGAGGGCGACGAGGAGGAGGACCGCAACAGAGUCGGUGGCAGCUCAGAGCAAAACAUGUCCGUCGCCGCUGCCCUAACCGUCCUCGCCAACGCCCAGCAGACGCUGCACCGCGCGCUCUCAAGGGCUCACGAGAGCGCACGGUGGGCUCACACGACGGUCGGCCAGAGCCCGCACUACGCGGUGCUCACGCUCCUGCACCUGCCGAACACCCACCGCAAGAUGUUGCACCGGGCGGUCGAGCGGAAGCCCGGGCUCGGCUUUCGCACCCUGUCGACUGGGCCGAGGCACCAGUCGAGGGAGGGCGGCACGGGCGGACUGCACCGGCGCAUGCUCCACCUGCUUCCCGCCACGGCGUCUGCGGAGCAGCUCGCGCCGCUGCGAGAGGCGUUCGACUGCCCUCCGUCUCGCAGAGAGGAGAGCAGGACGGCAGAGGAGGGCAUGGCAGCAGAGGAGGAGGAGGAGCGCGACGCUCAGGCGCGCGCAGAGGAGGGAGCGGGCCGGAGGUGCGAGCCGGCCCUGCUGCUCGAGCACCUCUGCGGCGUCCUCGAGGCCUUGCAGAUCGAGGCGGCCGAGGCGCCGCUCCUCGAGACGGUGGCGGCCGCAGAGGCGCGCCUGCUCGAGCGUCUCGACGCGGCCGCCUUUGAAGAGCUGCUCCCGGGCAGCAGCUUCGCCUCUUUCCUCGGGGCGCACGCUGCGCCGCUUGGUGGGCGGCCGACACACGCACGCCCUCUCGGGUCAGUCACCGCCGCUGACGCGUUGCGCGCGUUGCGGUGCGCCCCCGACCUCGCCGACCUCUCCGAGGCCACUCUCUGGGACGACGUCUUUGCCGCCGAGCUGGGCCCGCUGCGCGAGUUUGUGCAGCGGCACUCGCGCGAGCUGGCGGAGGGCGCAGUCCUCCUCGAGGCGGAAGACGGGCGCUUCGUCCGCCUCUCCGCCCCCGCGCGCGUGUCGGCCCUCCGCGAGGCCGCUGCCUUGGGGGACGGCCGCACCGCCGCCGCCGUCGCUGCAGCGCUUUGCGUCGAGCAUGGGUCGGUCCGGAGCGCGCCCAUCGAGCUGCUUCGCGACCAGGUGCAGCGCGCGUGCGCCGGAGGCGGUGACCAGGCGGCGCGUUUCGUGCUGGAGGCGGUCGCCGCCUUGCCGCCGGUGCUGCAGGCGCCGCUUGGGCUGGCUGUCUUCCUCGACCCCUUUUGUGCAGAGGAGCCGGACGCAUGGCGCUCGCUGCUCGCUUCUGCUUCGCCCGUCGAAGUGCGAGCUCUGUAUCGCGUCGGCGCCGCGGCGGGCAUCUCGCUCUUGACCGAGCAUUUCGCCCGCUCCCUCUACACGCCCUCCGCAGCAUCGCCGCCGCCGCCCUCCGACCGCAAGGUUGAGGGGGCGGCGAGCUCCGCCGCUAGCUCCGGAGGCGAGGGGCGGGAGGCGGCGUCCGCCAGCGACACGUCUUCGACGGCAGUCCAGAGCCCGUCGCUCGACCCGGCAGACGCGUCCGCGGACCACGAGCCGACGGCGGCGACGGCGGUGACGUGUGUGUCGGGCGAGGCGGGGAGGAGCGCCGACAGCGCUGUGCGCGCCGACGGGAGCGAUAGGGCGGGCGGGGCAGACGAGGCGGACGCCACCUCGCGCUUGUGCGACAGGGUGGGCGCCAUGUACGGGGCGAGCGAGUCCGAGGCGAGCGGGCCGAUGCGAGAGCUGCGCGGGAUCACCACCCGCGCGAUCCACCGCCUAGCUGAGGAGCUCUACGCCGGCAGCGCCCACUUCGUCCUCGAGCUCGUGCAGAAUGCGGACGACAACGACUACCCGGCCGGCGUGGUGCCGGAGCUGCGCGUGGAGGUCACGCCGGCCGCGAUCCGCUUCUUCAACAACGAGGCUGGCUUCAGCGAGGCGAACGCGCUCGCUCUCUGCUCCAUCGGCCGGUCGACCAAGCGGGCCGACGACCCGCGUUACAUCGGCAACAAGGGGAUCGGCUGGAAGUCCGUCUUCAAGAUCACGCCGCGCCCGCAGGUGCACAGCCGCGGCUUCCGACUCGCCUUCGACGCGACCGACGCCAGCGGGCUGGGCUACAUUGUGCCGCGGCCGGCCGAGCCGCUGACGGGGUGGGAUGGCCGCGGAACAGUCGUUUUGCUGCCCCUCGAGGCAGCCGGCGGAGGCGCGGCGCUGAGGGAGCUGCGGGUUGCCCUCUCCGACCUCCGCCCGUCGCUGCUCCUCUUCCUGCGCCAGCUGCGCUCGCUGGAGGUGCGCGACGCGGCGCUCGGCCUGCACAGGCGCACCACCCGCCGGCAGCACGCCACCGACCCCGGCCGAGUCCUCCUCGAGGAGUCGCUCGAGCGAGACGGCCACGCGCCGAGCACGCAGACCCAAGAGUGGCUCGUCGUGACCCGGCGGCUGGACGCCGCCGCCGAGCGGCUUGGCAACCAGAGCACGGAGGUAGCCAUCGCCUUCCCUCUGGUCGAGCCCUCCUCGCCGCUGCCUGCGCUGGACGUGUUCGCCUUUCUGCCGCUCCGCUCGUACGGGAUGCGCUUCCUGCUGCAGGCGGACUGGGUGCUGCCCUCCUCGCGCGAGUCGGUGGACGCGUCCUCCGCGUGGAACCAGUGGCUGCGCUCCUGCGUGCCGGACCUCUUCGUCGAAGCGGCGGCCGCGCUGCUGCAGCGCGCAGGUGACGAGCAGGAGAAGCUCCGCGCCUCCAACCUGCUCCUGCAGCUCGUCCCGACCGGCGCGAGUGAGUUCUUCGAGCCGCUGGCAAAGGCGUGCUGCCGGCGCCUCAAAUCGGUCCGCUUCUUGCUCACGCGCGGUGGGGAGUUCGUCACGCCGGGCGAGGCGGUCGUGGCAGGCUCGUCGGCGUUGGAGGAGGCCUCCGCCCCGUUGGCGACGGACCGGUUGGUCGCGCAGAUUGGGCUGCACCCCGCACACCCGUCCCUCUCACUGCCGGCCGAGCUCGCGCGGCACCUCGGCGUGCGCCGCCUCGACGCGUCGCUCGCAGUGGAGCUGCUUGCGGAGCUGUCCAGCGGCUGGAGCGACGCGGGCGACGUCGACACGCGGUGGCCCGGCACGUGGCAGAGGAGCGACUUUAGCGGCGCCCACGCGCCGGGCAGCGCCGCGGGGAAGACGGGCGCAUCGCCAAGCGCCGUCCGCCGCUGA